ACACAAGCAAUGCCAUGUAGCAAAAACUGUCAAUGAUUAUCAUGCUAUCGCUUUCAUUAUCUAGGAUGUUAGUAUUUAAUUGGAGCUCAAGACCAGCAAGUAGGAGGGCAAAACAAGCAGAGAUCAGAUCAAGCAAAGCUUAAACACUAAUUAAUCAUGGCUACCAGCUCAGUUAUGGCUUCAUCAAUGAGCCUGAAACCAGCUCCUUUUACAGUCAAGAAACCUUCUCUUCCAAGUCUUUCAAGGAGAUCAUCUUUCAAAGUUGAGGCUAGUCGUUCGAGGAAGUCCAAGACUGAUCAGCCUUAUGGAAUCAAUGGCGGCAUGGAUUUAAGGGGUGGGGUUGAUGCUUCAGGGAGAAAGGGCAAGGGAAAGGGAGUGUAUCAAUUUGUUGACAAAUAUGGAGCAAAUGUUGAUGGAUACAGUCCUAUCUACGACCCCAAGGAUUGGUCUCCAAGUGGUGAAGUUUAUGUUGGAGGCACUACUGGUUUGUUGAUCUGGGCUGUUACCCUAGCUGGCCUUCUUGCAGGGGGAGCACUUCUUGUUUACAAUACAAGUGCCUUAGUACAGUAGAGUUCUGUCAUCAUAUCCUAUCCUAAUCUCUGUGUAUUAGUACAGUAGAGUUCUGUCAUCAUAUCCUAUCCUAAUCUCUGUGUAUUACUUUCCCUUUUGAAUUCGCCAGUACCUUGUAACAAUUUCCGUGGAUUAAUAAUAAUGAGUGUAAGAUCUACUUGUUGCUCUU